CUGGGCCAAUGCAAAUGCGCUUUCAUGGAAACACGCCCCACCAGGUGGUGCUUGUUAACUCUCCGGUGAGUUCGCUUGAUAAUCCCCAACGAAGUUGGCCUUUAAAACGAACGGCUGACGGCGGCGACAGUCAGUUUCCCCCGGCCGAAAUUACCCGCGUCGAGAUGUCGCUUCAAAUCAGGCGAAUGCCGAUCCUGUUCCUGCUCCUCGCUCUUAUCCCCAUGCUUGCACAAUCUGUUUCCUUGGUGGAGCAAGUGCAGCCGGCGGAUGAGUUGCUAUCGUCGCAUUGGCUCAGCCAGGCGCAGGCUCAGUUGUGCAAACGUCUGGCCAGGACCAAGGGCACCAUCGCUGAUGAGAGGCAGGCCAAGAAUGUGGUGAUGCUCCUGGGCGAUGGACUGUCCAUCACCACCCUAACGGCCGCCCGCAUCCUGAAGGGGCAACGGCGCGGAGGACGCGGAGAAGAGGCACAGCUGGCAGUGGAGCAAUUCCCCUUCACCGCACUGAGCAAGACGUACUGCAUCGACGAGCAAACACCGGAUUCCGCCUGCACGGCCACCGCCUAUUUUGGCGGUGUUAAGACGCACAGCGGCACAGUGGGUCAGAGUGGCAGUGGUGAGCGGGUGGACUCCGUACUCCAGUGGGCACAGCGGGCCGGCAAGGCCACGGGAGUGGUGACCACCACCCGGCUGACGGACGCCAGUCCGGCGGGUGCCUACGCCCAUGUAAGUAGGCGGGGAGAGGAGCUGGAGAUUGCCCGACAGCUGAUGGAGGAGGAGCCGGGACGCAAUCUUAACGUCAUCCUGGGCGGUGGUCUGGGAAAAUUCGCCGAGGAGCGCCGGGAUGGCAAAGAUCUGUUGGCUCAGUGGCGCGAAUCCAAUCCCAAUGGCUGCUUCUCGCGAUCCCUGAAAGAGCUAAGGAACUGCAGCGCUGCCACUGGUAACCUUCUGGGUAUCUUCAGUGACAGCCACAUGUCCUAUCACCAGGCCGCCAGCAAGGAGCAGCCGCGACUCUGCGAAAUGGCAGCGGUGGCCAUUGAAAAACUGGAGCAAAAGUCCCGCGAGGAUGGGAAUGGUUACUUCGUGUUCAUUGAGGGUGGGCGGAUCGAUCAUGGACACCAUGAAACCCGGGUGGGUUACGCCCUCGAUGAGAUGCUCGAGUUCGAUGCGGCUGUGGAGACGGUGGUCCAGAUGACCGAUCCGCGGGAUACCCUGGUGGUGGUCACCGCGGACCACUCACACACGCUCAGCAUGGCGGGAUAUGCCAAGCGGGGCACACCCAUCCUGGGCAUGGAUGCACAGCAGCGGGAUGUGAACGGAGUGCCAUACAGCACCCUCAACUACGCCAUCGGCAAGUGGCAGAGCCUGGACAAUGAAGGCCGGAGGGAGAGUCCCAGCAAGACCCUCAGUCCCACAUCCUACACACCCAGUUACAUUCAUGGAAGAAAGGGCGUGCAUUCUGGCGAGGAUGUGGCAGUCUUUGCAAUGGGUCCGCAGUCGCAUCUGUUUGGUGGCGUCAUGGAGCAGAACCUGCUGCCCCAUCUAAUGGGCUAUGCCGCCUGCCUGGGCAGUGGAGUCACCCUCUGCAACCAGGACAAGGAUGCGGUUCCGCCAGUGCCUGAAUUUUCGUAGUUUUUCGGAUAAAUUUUCGUUUCCAGUUGUAUUAAGUAAAUGUUCUUGUAGUGCACUCCUCACUUUGCA